GCCCUUCGCCUUCCUUCCCCACCACGACGCACCACCCAACCAAAUAAAAACUCGCCGCGCCGCCCCGACGCGGCGCUCCUCGCCUCCCUCCCUCCCUCCCUCGCCGCGAGUCAAAUCAACCAAGCCAUCCGCCCGCCGCCUCCUCUUCCGCGCAUCGGCGAUCCUUCCCGCCACGUCGGAACCCUAGCGGAUCGCCCAUUCGCGCGCCCGCCCGCCCGCCGCCAUGGACGAGUUCGCGCGCGCGGUGGAGGACGGGCUCAAGCUCUCGAAGCGGCUCGUGCUCCCGGGCGGGCUGCCGCCACCGCGCCCUCCGUCGGGGAUGGACCGCACCGUGUCGGCGGCGGCCGCGGCGGGGCCCGACCCGCGGCUGCUGCCCACGGCGCCCAUGGCGUACGCGGUCGUCACCGACCCGGGCGCCGUCGACACCCCCGACGUGCCCAGCUACCAGCCCUACGUGUACGGCCGCCUCGACCCGCCCGCGAUGAUCCCGCUGCAGAUGAAGGAGGUCGACCUGGCCAUCGACUGCGCGCUCGACGCCGCGCACGUCACGCUGCGCGCGCGGUGGUGGCUGCACUGCAUCACGCGCAGCCGCGAGUGCGACGUGCGCCUCGUUGUGCCCAUGGGCGAGCAGGGUUCAAUUCUAGGCGCUGAGGUUACCAUUGGAAGAAGAUCAUAUAAUACUCAAGUAAUUGAAGUAGAAGACCGCACUGUGGAGAAUCAUGUAAAUAUUGAGAGUGGUGGUCUUUUGAAGCCCCAAUUGUUUUUGUUGACAAUAUCUCAGGUUGAGGGUGGAGCAGAUAUAUAUGCUACAUUUCGAUGGUCUCAGAAAUUACUAUAUGACAAUGGGCGCUUCUCUGUCGACAUACCUUUUCGUUUUCCUUACUUUGUCAACCCGCUACCAAAAGUUUUCAUGAAGAGGGAAAAAAUUCAGUUGACUGUUAACAGUGGUUUCAGUAAAGAGGUUUUAUUGCAAGGAACAAGCCACCCGUUGAAGGAAAAGGGUAGGCAAGGUGAUAAAUUGUCUUUCAUGCAUGAAGCUGUUGUUGAGAAUUGGUCAAGCAAAGAUUUCAAUUUUUCAUACAGUGUUUACUCUGCUGAUUUGUCUGGUGCUGUGCUCGUCCAACCUGCAACAUUGCGUGACUAUGAUGAUAGAGAUAUGUUCUGCAUUUUCCUUCUACCUGGAAGUGGCAACAGAAAGGUCUUCAGAAAAGCAGUUGUGUUUAUUGUUGACACAAGUGGAAGCAUGCAAGGAAAGCCUCUUGAUAAUGUCAAGCAUGCGGUGUCUACUGCUCUUUCAGAGCUUGCGCAAGAGGAUUACUUCAACAUUAUAACAUUUAAUGAUGAGCUUCACUCGUUCUCCUCAUGUUUAGAGCAAGUAAAUGAAAAAACAAUAGCAAGCGCGACUGAUUGGAUGAACUCAAACUUUGUUGCGGAGGGCGGCACAGAUAUUAUGCAUCCGUUGAGUGAGGCAAUGGCGUUGCUAUCAAAUGUCCAUGAUGCACUUCCACAAAUAUAUCUCAUUACUGAUGGUUCGGUUGAUGACGAACAUAACAUCUGCCAAACUAUGAAAACAGAGAUCACCAACAGAGGAUCUAAAUCUCCCCGCAUUUCUACUUUUGGACUAGGAUUGCAUUGCAACCACUAUUUCCUGCGCAUGCUUGCGUCAAUUGGCAAGGGACAUUAUGAUGCUGCACUUGAGACAGCAUCAAUUGAGAGCCGUAUUCUUAAGUGGUUCGGGAGAGCAUCAAGUACAAUUGUGGCAAACAUCUCCAUUGAUGAUAUAAAACAUCUUGAUGAUUUCGAAGUGGACUCUGAGUACAUUCCAGACAUUUCAGCGAAAUCUCCUUUAUGUGUGUCUGGGAAAUAUCAUGGAAAAUUCCCUGACACAGUUAUAGUUAAAGGUUACUUGGCUGACAUGAAGGAAAUCUCGAUUGAACUGAAGGUCCAACAUCUAAAGGAAAUACCUCUUGACAAAGUGUUGACUACACAACAGAUUAAUCUUUUGACAUCAAAGGCAUGGCUUUCUGCAGACAAGCAACUGGAGAGAAAGGUGAUUAAAUUAAGCAUACAAAACGGUGUUCCGUCAGAAUACACAAAGAUGGUCUUACGUGAAACCUAUCUGGAUAAAGUAGAUGCAACACAAAAGGUGAAGCAGAAAUUAAAAGGAAAGAAAGGCCCGGAUGAGCGACAUAUCCCUCUUUAUGGGCUGAAACUGGGAUUCGGUGACAAAGACGCUACAAGGGAGAAUCUUAUCACAGGAUUUGGUGAUGUAAGACCGGCAGAGAAAUCCGUGAUACGGAGAAAGGCAAGCGGCUGCUGCAGCCGACUCGCGGACUGCUUCUGCUGCAUGUGCUGCAUCAAGGCGUGCAACAGGAUGAACGACCAGUGCGCCAUUGUGAUGGCGCAGGUCUGCGCGGCGCUCUCGUGCCUCGGCUGCUACGAGUGCUGCGCGGAGGUGUGCUGUGGAGGAUCCGAGUCAUAGUAGGAACCCCCCGGGCGUUGUGUUUUGUAUUGUAUGGGAGGAUUGGAGAUUUGGAGUGUACAUAAUAGAGUUCGCGUAAGCCUGAGGGAGUAAAAAUACUAUGUAUAUCCGCUUGAUAAAAGACGGCCAGUCUCGGUUGUACAUUAUCCUUGUUACAACGUCGAGUUCAGACUGGUCAACA